CCUUCAAGCUCCAAUCCCUGUGCUUUCCUUUCCUAUACGACUAUGACGGAUCCAUUGAAGACGCUGGAUGACGGGCGCCAGAAGCCGGCUGCAAUAUCUCGGAGGAUAUACGCUAUUGCUGGAAUAUCAGUCACAGUCUACGGUCUGCAGGAGUUACAGACGCAGGCGGAGAAUGUAGCCUGUCUUUGGUUGCUGCAUCCUAGAUUGGCUACCCAAGAACGCAUGGCCGACAUCGCUGCUUCCAGUAUCACUGACUGGAAUGGCCGUAACGAAGGCACCUCUUCAAAGAAGGGUUUGAUUGCGGUCUCAUUCGACCAAAGGAAUCAUGGCACCCGCAUGGUUGAUCCUCUGGCAAAUGAAGCUUGGCGACAAGGCAAUCCACGCCAUGCUCAGGAUAUGUUUUCCAUCUUCCAGGGCACUGCCAGGGACACCUCUCUAUUGAUGGACUAUCUUGCUGCCUAUGUUUUCCCCAAUGGCGAACAUACAAUCUCAGAGAACCUAGUCCUUGGUGUGUCCCUCGGUGGGCAUGCCGCAUGGAGCUGCCUCUUGCAUGACUCGCGCGUCAGCGCUGGUGUCGUGAUAAUUGGCUGCCCUGACUAUCUCAACCUCAUGGUGGACCGUGCGCGAUUGUCAAAAAUACCUUCCUGGACUAAGACCAACCCUCCCGGCUCGGAGAUCAUUGGCUCUGAGGCGUUCCCAAAUUCAUUUGUGGACAUUGUCAAGAAAUAUGACCCCGCUAGUCUUAUGCUUAGCCAUGUUCCGAAUGCCCCGGGCCCUUUGCGAGAUGGGACUCUUCCAGAACCAACAGAUGCAGAGAAGCAGGAACUUCGAUCACUUUUAUCACAACGCCUCGCGGGCAAGCGUAUUCUGAACCUGUCGGGUGGAAUGGACAAGCUUGUUCCCUAUCAUCGGGGAGAAGCCUUCCUCAGGUGGUUCAAGAUGGCAGUGUCAUCUGAUGGCUGGUUCGGCGAUGGUGGUAUCACAUUUGAGGAUAUCAUUGACCAGAAUGCCGGCCAUGAAGUGACCCCCAAGAUGGCUGAGCAGGCGAUCCGUUUUAUACGCGAGACUUUAGAAGAGAGUGCCGAUAGACAGAACCGUAGAGGCUCCGUACGCGAGUCCAAGAUCUAG